CAACACACAUACACACACACGCUCACACACAUACACAGACACACGCUCACUCACUCACACGCUCCUUCCGUCACUCAUGGCCCUGCGCUAGAAACCACCGUUUUCUCCGCUUGAGCCAGCAUCUGCAGUGGAAUGGACACAGACAACACUAAAUCGAUGGAGGUGUUGGUGAGUGAGUUGGGCAUCCUGCUGAAGCUGCUGGACCAGGAGAACCUCAGCUCCUCCACCCAGGAAAAGAAGACCUCUGUCCGCAACCUCCUCCAGCAAAUACAGCCAGCAGUGUCAGGGACAGACUACAUCUAUGUGAACUCAGCUGUCUACAGGAAUGGCACCAGCUUUGUAGAAUCCCUUUUUGAGACAUUUGACUGCAACCUGGGGGAGCUUAAAGAUGUUACAGAGGAUAUCAAACAGGACCAGCACACACAAACUGAUGAGACAACCGCUUCAAAACAGGACUGCACAGACUCCCAGGCCCCUCACUCUGCUAACUCUCCUCCUCCUCUGCCCACUACGCCUCCUCCUGAGGAGUAUUACGAGGAGGCAGUGCCCCUCAGUCCUGGCAAGAUGCCGGAGUACAUCAUCACACGAGGCAGUUCCAGCCCUCCCAACUCUAUAGAGGAUGGCUAUGAAGAUGCUGAGAACAACUACCCCCAUACCUGGAUAAACUCACGCCGCAAAAACUCAUACAAUGAUUCUGAUGCUCUGAGCAGUUCGUAUGAGUCGUACGAGGAAGAUGAGGAGGAGAGGAGCCCCGGGGCCCGACUCACUCACCAAUGGCCCUCAGAUGAGAGCUCCAUGCCUCCUGCCAGGGACUGUCGAAUCUGUGCCUUCCUGCUGCGCAAGAAACGCUUUGGCCAGUGGGCAAAACAGCUCACUGUUAUACGGGAAAACAGACUACAGUGCUUUAAGAGCUCUAAGGACACUUGUCCUUAUGUGGACUUGCUGCUGCCCCAGUGCACUGUGGUCUAUGCUCCGAAAGACAGCAAGAGGAAGCGCCAUGAGCUCCGCUUCACCUUACCCAAUGGAGACACUCUGGUGCUGGCUGUGCAGAGCAAGGAGCAGGCUCACAGGUGGCUCAGGGUUGUGAGAGAGGUGAGCGGCCAAGGAACAGGACCUGACGAAUCUGCAUCUCCUGUCAUUCCGAGAAAAAUUGAACUUGACAAGAGGUUGUCCGCUGAGAAGAACACAUCUGAUUCAGACAGUGUGGGCGUGUCAACGGGAGACAACUGCCGAGAGAAUGGCAAAGUGAAGCGGGGGGCUUUUGCCGCAGGCCGGAAGAUCACGCGCAUCAUCAGCUUCUCAAAGAAGAAGCCUCCUCGGCCAGGGGACCCUCGCAUGGCUUACAGCGACCCAAGACAAGGCUACCUGUUAGUGCUGGUGAACCAGGUGUGGCGGGAGCAGUGGUGCUGUGUGUGCAGAGGUGCCUUGCAUUUCUACCAGGACAGAGGAGACCCACGGGCCUCCCUGCCCUCCCUCCCUCUCCAUGGCUGUGAGGUGGUCCCAGGGCUCGGACCCAAACACCCCUUUGCCUUCCGCAUCCUGCGGGCCAGCACAGAAGUGGCUGCUUUGGAGGCGGGGAGCUCUGAGGAGUUGGGGAGGUGGCUGGGCGUUCUCCUAGCAGAGACGGGCUCAGCAACAGACCCAGAGUCACUGCACUACGACUACGUUGAUGUGGACACCAUCGCUAACAUCCGUGACGCUGCACGGCACUCCUUCCUGUGGGCCACCUCCUCCAGCAGCACCUCCACUGACUCCCGAACAUAUGAUGAGGUUCCUAAUGAGGACAUGCAGGGGGGAAGCAGUCCGUAUGAAAGAGGAAAAAAAGACAGAAAAGCUAGAAAAAAGAAAAAUGAAGAAGGGAUCAUACUGCUGAAAGGAAGGCAAAAGCCAGUGGAGAACAGCAGAAAGCAGUCAGGGAAUCAAGCAAAGCGGCGCUCCAGUUUCUCCGGCAGUGACUCUGGCAGAACCAAGCCGGUAGUGUCUCUCAAACGCACAGGCUCAAAUGCCAACCAGUAUGGAAGGUAUGGGAAAACACGAGCAGAGGAGGAUGCCAAGCGCUACCUGAAAGAGAAAGAGGAGCUGGAAAGAGAGAAGGAUGGGAUCCGGAAUGCACUGGUCGCCCUCCGACAGCAGAAAAGAGAGUUGAAGGAGGAGCUGAAGACGGCCUCUGACAAGCACAAGUCUGCCCUGUGUGAGCAAGUGUCCCAGCUGGAGGAGGCUUGUAAAGGGAAGGAGGCUGAAAGGGUGGACCUGGAGCUCCGACUGACCCAGGUCAAAGAAAAUCUCAGGAAGAGCCUGGCCAGCGGAGUGCUGGGUGCACAAGCGGAGGCUAAGCCACCCACUAAGGUUCGCAGCAGUAAGACCCAGAAUAUCUAUAGUGAUUCAUUACCAGUAAACUGUGCCGCAGAGAUGCGUAAAAGACAGCCAUCUGUUGCCUCCCCUAAAGGAACAGUGAUGCAGAAGGCCAAGGAAUGGGAGUCAAAGAAGGGGACCUAAGGGUGGGAUCAUGCAAAAGAUUGGGAAAUGGAAACAAAUCAAGAUUUUGAUAAAGACUCUUACAUGCAUACACACUGAGGAAAACAGAACCAUCUUCAUCCCUAAGGAUACACUUUACUCUCUUGGUUUUGAAUAUGACUGAGGAAAAAAAAAUAUUGUAAUGAAAGCGUUCAGUCACUAGGGGGAGUUACAUUUCAUGAAAUAUUUACCCAACUGUCCUCUCCUGCCAAUUGCCGGGAAUCCAGUGAGCUUGUCCUGUACCACACUGCGUUAUGAGUAUUUUCAUUGUCUUGAAUGACAUAGAUACAAGUGUGAGAGACAUGAAAAGUGAGAAAGUGAUGUGUAUGAAAGAAAGAAAAGAGGUAAUCGUCUUGAAAGGCAUGUGCAUUAAGUACAUAAAAUGCAGAUGAAACGGAAAGGCAGAGUGUGCUAGAGCCAGCUGUGCACAAGGUGGGUUAGCUGUUCAGUUGCCAUGUGGGAAAAGAUGGCCUUAGAAUGUGACUUGUUGCAUUUAUAAGUGGGUUGAAUAAUAGGUGGAUGGAAGACAGUUUAUGCCAUGAUGUGCCUUUGACAAUACAUAAUGUUUUUUUUCUUGCCCGUGCAGAGUGAGCCAUGACUACUGUUUUGUAUAUAUUUUAUACUGUGCAAGGUGGUUUCAUUUCUCUUCAGCAUAUGAUGUACCUAUUGAUAACUAUAGUGACUAACACAAUGGUGCUGUUCAUCAGUACAUGCCAAUCUUGUCUGAAUGGGAAAGCCGCACCCUGCAUUAUUUUAACAAAUUCUCUCCUAAACCUGUGGUUGACUUUUGCACUUUACUGUUUUCCUACCUGGAUAAGGGAAUAAUAAAUCCAU